GAGGAUAUCGUAGAUAUUUGCAAGAAAAGGACUGCCUUUGUCUCGGUAGAAGAGAUUGUCGCUCAGUUUGAAGAUGAUAAUGAAGAUGGUUAUUAUCACGAGAGAAAUCCACUUCUGCCUUGUCUUGGUACAAGGGUUAAAAGAGGACCACAUUGGCACUGGGGGAACCAAGAUAGCAAUGGUCCUGGCACAGUCAUUGGGCAUUCUUUGGAUGGUCGAUUAAUGGUUGAGUGGGAUGCAGGUGAAAAGAACUACUAUCGUUAUGAUGUUGCUAACAAUAUAUAUGAAGUCAUUGUCUGCACUGAUCCUAGGAUUCUUGAUACUAACCUUAUUGCACCCGGAUGUUUAGUAACCAGAGGUCCUGAUUGGGAAUGGGGAAAUCAAGAUGGCGGAGAGGGAAGUAUUGGAUCCGUUUACAGAGUCAGAAAGUCAGGAAGGGUUCAUGUGCGAUGGCCAAACGGCGAAAAAGGCGACUAUAGAUUUGGCCACCUCGGGAAGUUUGAUCUUAAUGUUUG